AAGCAUACGUUUAGACAGAGUAUAUAUGGAUUCUGCAAAGGGUUGGUUUCAGAAGCGGCAAAUGCGUGGAGGGUCGAGGUAUAAAGGUGGCUCAGGUGGUGGAGGUAGUAUUGGCUCUGCCGAUGAGCAGCCCAACGUGGAAACUGAUGAAGAAGCUGUCUCAAACACUACCAAACAGAAAGUUGCAGCAGCUAAACAGUACAUUGAAAAUCAUUACACAGAGCAGAUGAAGAUUCUGCAAGAGAGGAAAGAAAGGCGAAGCAUGCUAGAGCAGAAGCUGGCAGAUGCUGAUGUCUCUGAAGAAGAUCAAAACAAUCUUCUCAAGUUUCUGGAGAAGAAGGAGACAGAGUACAUGCGCCUUCAACGCCAUAAGCUAGGCGUUGCUGAUUUUGAUUUGCUUACAAUGAUUGGGAAAGGUGCAUUUGGGGAGGUCAGAGUUUGUAGAGAAAAGACGACAGGUCAAGUUUAUGCAAUGAAAAAGCUCAAGAAGGCGGAGAUGCUUCGCAGAGGCCAGGUUGAGCAUGUGAGAGCAGAGAGGAACUUACUUGCGGAAGUGGACAGUAACUACAUAGUGAAGCUUUACUGUUCGUUUCAAGAUGAUGACCAUCUUUACCUUGUGAUGGAGUAUUUGCCUGGUGGGGAUAUGAUGACUCUCCUGAUGCGCAAAGAUACUUUAACAGAUGAUGAGGCCAAGUUCUAUGUCGCUGAGACAGUUCUCGCUAUCGAGUCCAUCCACAGGCACAAUUACAUCCACAGGUUCUUUCAGAAGCCUGGAUCAGGCGCUCCAAAACGAACACAGCAGGAACAACUUGAACAUUGGCAGAGGAACAGGAGAACGCUUGCUUAUUCCACAGUUGGCACACCGGAUUACAUAGCUCCAGAAGUUCUAUUGAAGAAAGGCUAUGGAAUGGAGUGUGACUGGUGGUCUCUCGGAGCUAUCAUGUAUGAAAUGCUAGUAGGAUAUCCGCCGUUUUACUCAGAUGAUCCUAUGUCAACCUGUAGAAAGAUAGUAAACUGGAAAAGUCAUUUGAAGUUUCCGGAGGAAGCAAUAUUGUCGCGGGAAGCAAAAGAUCUUAUCAACAGCCUCUUGUGCAGUGUCAGACGUAGGCUUGGUUCCAAAGGUGCUGAUGAAAUAAAGGCUCAUCCAUGGUUUGAAACGGUUGAUUGGGAUACAAUAUUUGAUAUGGAUGCAGCUUUUGUUCCAGAGGUGAAUGACGAUUUAGACACUCAGAAUUUUGAGAAGUUUGACGAGUCCGAAUCUCAGACUCAGACAUCAUCCAAGUCCGGCCCAUGGAGGAAGAUGUUGUCGUCAAAGGACAUAAACUUUGUAGGGUACACUUACAAGAACUUCGAAAUCGUUAAUGAUUACCAAGUUCCUGGAAUGGCGGAGUUAAAGAAGAAGAACAAGUUGAAGCGACCAAUGGUCAAAUCACUCUUCGACAGUGGAUCAUCAGAGACAUCGGAUUCGUCGGAAACAACAACGAGAUCGGCCUGUGAUCGGCCACCUCCUACUCCUCCGAUGGUUCAGGGAAGCUUUCUGAAACUUCUGCCACCAGAACUUGAAGUGAGGCCAAAGCAGGAAGGAUCCGAAGCUUGC